ACACCUAUCUUCUGGCCGCGAAAUCUCCACUAUUUACUGUCCUUAUUUCUCAUUGACAUUCUGAUCUGAGGCUUGGCAUACCCACAGGCCAUCUGCUAUAUAUUUCCCUCAUUUCCUUACAGAUCUAUGCAAAUCACAUCAAAAACCAAUUUAGCUACUAUAAUUUUGUCCAAAACUGUCUCACAAAGAGAUUGAAAAAUAUUUAAGCAUGAGGCACCUAGCUGGUUUAUUAACCAUUCUGAUGCUGAUAUUAGGCUCUGCAGCAGGGGACCCUUUACCACCUUGCACUGUAAUAGUGAACCAACUGAACCCUUGUGUUCCUUUCCUGACUAGAAAUGUGGCAACCCCAUCUCAGACAUGCUGCGGUGGUGUGAGAUAUUUAGCAAAUUACUCCAGUAGCAAGGGAGAUAGAAUAAGUAUCUGCCAAUGCAUUGAGGGCUCUCAAUCAAUGUUCCCACUUAUUGAUUUCUCUCUUAUAUCUAACCUUCCUGCCAGUUGUAGUGUGCCUAUAACGCUGCCUAAGAUUACUCCAACAUUCGACUGCUCCACGGUAUGAUGCAAGGAGUAUUUGAUCAAUGAAAUAAAUUUGCUUGCUACAUCAGAGAAAUUAAAGUAGCGUUAAGAAGCAAGUCUCUGAUUGUUGAAAUAAUGUGAGCUUCGCUGGAAUAUAUGUCGUUCCUAUAUUUAGAUCGCAAUAUAUAAAUGUGCUUUUGAUAAGUGCAAAUUAAGAAGAUAGCCUUCAGUGGAAUAAAAAGUCCUCAUAAAUGCUUUAGAGUUCUUCA